AAACUGCUCACCGGUAGCCUCGCGUUCACGCCGAGGCCGAGGUCGCGCAACGGUCAGUUUUGCUGUUUUACCAGGCGAAAGUGAGCUCGCGAAAUCUCGCCCAAAUCGAGCAGCUUCGUUGUCAGAGAUAAUCGAACGGAGGAAGAUUCCAACCUGACUCCAGAGGAACGGUUAAUGGAGGAAGCAACGAACGUCGAGACCGAGCGACGAUUGAUCGCUAGGAGGAAGUUUUUGACCGAGAGAUGCGCCGAGGAAGGUUUGGAUCGACCUGGGAACGAUUCCCUUCACAGACCGAAUGCCUGGGAAUUCCUUGUAAAUAAAGAGUACCAUCUGAUAUGGUGCAACGUCUUCAAAGCAGCGUCUACGUCAUGGAUGUACAAUUUUAAUUUACUAGCUGGAUACAGUCCACAGUUCUUGAAGGCCUCGAAUGCUGUACCAGUUUCUCUGGCGAGGCGGAAGUAUCCUAGAUACACAGCAGAAGAGUUGUCCAAGUUCCUAAACGACAGUAUCAGUUUUCUGAUUGUCAGGCAUCCCUUUGAGAGAUUACUCAGCGCUUAUAGAGAUAAACUGGAGCACAGUUUACCGCACACGUUUCAUAGUAAUCUGGGGGCUCAUAUUGUUUGGCACUACAGAUCAAGGGAUCCAAAAACGAAUGGACGACACGGUCCGAGGUAUCCGCUGUUUGAGGAAUUUGUACGAUGGCUGUUGUGCCAGUGGAGAGCUGGCAACGAGUUGGAUAUGCACUGGACACCGGUUGUGAAUUUUUGUACACCGUGUCAAGUUCGAUUCGAUGUAAUAGCAAAAUUUGAGACACUUCAUGAAGAUCAAGAUUACCUGAUCAAACAAGCUCACGUGGGCCACAUUAUCAAGCCAGAGUGGAAGAAUCCGACUAGAGGUGUUCAAACAAAGGACGUAAUAAAGAAUUAUUUCGCUCAAUUGUCUAAAUCCCAGAUCAAUGAUCUGUACGAGAUGUUUAGGUAUGAUUUUGUGCUCUUUGAUUACUCUCCCGAUGAUUAUAUUAUACUUGGGAGAGAUGAAGAUACAGAACUGAUUUGUAAAAAAUAAUUAAGUACCGGCUGUCUGGUGCAUAGGAAACAAUUGCAUCUACGUUUGAAUGUUCUGUUUCUGUUUCGUUAAAUUCGCACCGAUGCGUAUGAAGUCGGUUACAACGAAUGUAUUAGAUAGGAAGUAAUGGUUACUAAUUACAAUGAAUUACUUCGAAUUAGGGAUUAUGCCCCGAUCGCGUUACUUAAUUGCUAAGAUAAAGAAAAUAUAGUCAGCUUCUCGAGUUGACAAUAUCUGUGCAAGCACUGUUAUUGCAUUUGAAUUUUUGAUAAUUGACAAAUAACAAAUGUUACAGUCUAUUAAACUGUUAGACUCUAUGAGAAUCUUGAAUAUUUGCAAAUUGUUAUGAUACAAUUACGAAAUAUUUUGAAGGCCUCACGUACGCGUAGUAAAAGUAUUACACCGCUUAUAUAUUUGCAUUCCCAUAGUUGUACAUACAUUUAAACUCUUUCCUUUGUUUGCUAGCUAUACGAAUUAUACAUAGAGUUUAUUUUUUGUUAAUAUAAAUAUACAAAGUCGAUUGACAAAGCUUAUAAGAUGUUUUGUAAUCUAAUAUUUGAAAACAGAACAUUUAUAUUAUCUUAUAAUUUAUAUCUGUAUAUCUGUGUAUAUGUAUAUACACAUAUGUUGGUAUAACCAUUGUUACCAUAGUUAUUAUUUUCAAUAUUAAGAUGGUAAUAUUAUUGCCUAGGAAAAAUGUAGCAUACAACUGUAGUAGUAACAUCUACUGAAUUAUACUUCCAGUUGCUACAUAUAAUUUUUCUACUGCUUGUUUUUGCUUUCGAAUAAUUGUUUGGUUUUCCUGUUUCAAUCUUGUUACGAAACUUAAUAAAAAUGAUUCACUAUCAAUGGUACUUAAAUCUCCAAUGAAAUAUUUAUGAUAAAAUCGGUAUCACGAAUGUUAUAUGAUCUUAUGUAAAUAAAACAAAAAUUUUUGUAAAAUGAACAUUAACAAAACAAACGUGACAUAGAAAAUUUCAAUCCUUUACAAUUUUAUAUAUCAUAAGUACAAAGUGACAAUAAUUUUGAGAAAUAAAAGAAUUAAAUGAAGUAGACUACACGAAACAUUAAUUUUAUUCAUAGGAAAUGUUUACUUUAUUCAAAUUAAAUUUAAGUGUUUCAUAAAAUAGAAGAUACAAGCUUUAUAAAGGCAAAUCAUUCUUUUAAAUUUCAUAAAACAAAGUUUUAGUUAUUCCAUGCAGAAUAUGUUAUACUUCAUUCCGAUUUAUACCCAUUACAGUUGAAGGAUAUAUGAUGGAACAUGCAUAUUUAUAAUUUAGUAGAUGCAAUGUACUUACUGCGUUGACGUAUUCUGUAGAACUACACCAAUGACCCACUUCUCCCAUAAGACACGUUUCCAGCUAUUUUGUACAAUUAAAAUUUGAUUGACCUUGAUUCCUUGUUUUUUUUUCUUCACAACUGGUUGUCCGUCUAUAGUGUAUAACUGCAAAGAAUACAUAUGAAUAUUAAUGCAAUAGAGAUAUAGAUUAUAACUGUUUAUUUUUCACGGGCAUUACAAGUAGGUGACUCACAUCACUGUCAGAAUCUGAAGACACAUUUUCUCCAUACUGAGCAUUGUACUGCAAUUUCUUUAAAAUUUUUCCUGUCGUAACUUGGAUUUCUUUAAUAUCGUUCGUUGUCUUUUCAAUUCGAGUUUCUACAUCUGAUAAUUGUUUCAUUAAAUGCUCUUCUACUGGAUUGCAUUUCGGUGUUUGUAUCGGUAAAUCUUCAUCACUGAGAGCAAACAUAUCCUCCUCGAACAUUUCCAUUUUGUUUGCAAUGAUAAAUUCAAAGUUUGACAAUGAAUCAUACUUCCUUAUCAACCAACGAUUAGCAACACUACCUAAUCAGGAAUGACAACAAGUGUUAGAAAUAUUCAUUUUUCUAAUACGUCGAAAUAACCUUUCCGUCGACAUUGUGAUAUACCAACAAAUAACUGUAGUGCGUAUCUGCUUUGAAUGUAUUUACGAAAAAUCCUUCACGAAACUUCUUUAGUUUUGAAACUGAAACGAAACGAUACGCAAAAACACUUUUGACCGGUACAGCCGAAAACACAUAUUUACGCCGCAUGUAGAGUAAACCACGAAC